AUGGCUGGAACGCAUGUUUGGCCGUGGGAGGAGUCCUCUAAUCUUUCGGAGGUUAUUCGCUGCCUUCGUCCGCUCCCAAGUGACAAGGAACGCCAACGGACAGUCGUUGGGAAGGUCGCGACGGCACUCAGAGAAAGCGUGGAGCUAAGGGAGAGCCUCGGACUAGCAGAAAUCGUUUCUGCUGGCUCUCAUGGUCGGGGAACUGAUAUAAAGAACAACCUGGAGGUGGACCUGGUCGUCAUUUGCAACAAUUUUAAUGUCGACGCGUAUGAUAGCAUGCUGGAGAACCUUGCAGCGUUUGCUCUUGAGAACCUAGAUACCGAAUCGGCUCGACAAGCGUCCUUAGGUCUGUUUCUUUCAACCAUGGAGCUAAUCUAUCAUGUGCAGUCUCGACAAGUUCAGGUUGUUUGGAUGCAAGAAUUGACAGGGGGCUGUUACGAAGAAAAGGACGUUAGAGCACUAUUGGACUAUGCGGAACGACAGGACCAGCCUGUAGUAGCUGACCCUGUGGAUGCCACGAACAAUGUGGCAGCCAUUCUCUCGGUUGCAGACUGGAGCGGUCUUGCUCAAGAGGCCCGCUUGAUGAUUCGACAUGCUGCAUCGCAGCAGCAGCUGUACAGCGAAUUGAUGGCGCCCCACGGAGUUCGUGCACCAGAGGUGGAUCAGCUGAAUCCUUGCAGUGCUCUGAACGAACUCUUCCAGAGGCUGCGCAUGGGAACCCCGAUAUAUGACAGAGAACUCCAGCCCUAUGUUCUUCCACCAUUCAUUUCAACGGUGAGAGGGCAACUUCCAUGCCAAUGCAUUAUCGAGGCUUCUAGUGACGAGAGGUCUGUGCAUGCCAUCCAUCCAUACCUCGUGCUGCCGCUGCGCGACAACGACUUGUGCAACACGCUACCCCUCUUUCCUUACCUCAGCUUGUGCUUCCCUUUCCUUCACCACACCCUCUGUUUCGCUUCCCCGCUUGUGAGAAUGGCCGCGUCAGACAAACGUCCUUUCAAGAAGCAGCACUCCCUAGAGAAGAGGAAAUCGGAGGCUGAACGAAUUCGGGAGAAAUAUCCCGAUAGAAUCCCUGUGAUUGUGGAGAAGGCAAGAAGGAGCAAGGCUCCUGAUAUCGAUAAGAAAAAGUAUCUGGUGCCGUCGGACUUGUCAGUUAGCCAAUUUAUGACUGUUAUUAGGAGGAGGAUAAAGCUAGAGGCAGAGCAGGCGAUUUUCCUGUUUGUUCACAACACUAUUCCACCAUCGGCUGCACUUAUGUCAUCAAUCUAUGAUGACCAUAAGGAUGAAGACGGGUUUCUCUAUAUAGUUUACAAUGGGGAAAGUACGUUCGGCUAG